GAGGCUCUGGAGCUGUUUGAGGUGCAGAUGCUGAAGGAGGAGCGUGUGUGGCCUGAAGAAAGCAAUUACACUGUUCUGAUCGGCGGCUGCGGCAGGGUUGGCUACGUGAAGAAGGCCUUCAGGCUCUACAACGACAUGAAGAAGCGAGGCUUGGCUCCCAGUGAGGCCACCUACACGGCCCUGUUCAACGCCUGCGCGGAGUCGCCCUGGAAGGACUCGGGCCUGCAGAGCGCGCUCCAGCUGCGGCAGCAGCUGAGGGGCAAGAACCAGGAGCUGAACCUCGUCACCUACCACGCCCUGCUGAAGGUCUGCGCCCUGUGCUCCGACCUCAGGAUGUGCUUCGACGUGCUGAAGGAAAUCGUUCACAAGGGCCACGUUCCCACAGCUGAGACCUUCAGCUUCCUUCUCAUGAGCUGCGUAAAGGACACUGAGAACGGAUUCCGGUACGCCUUACAGGUCUGGAAGCAGAUGACUAAGCUUGGGAUAAAGGCUGACAGCCACGCUUACAACCUGAUGCUGCGUGCUGCCAGGGACUGUGGCAUAGGGGAUCCUGCCCUGGCGUCCCAGCUCCUGCUCAGCACCCCCCAGGAGAACUCAGCUCCACUGAGGCUCACAGCCGGGGGGCGCAGGAAGGAGGUGAAAAGUCAGAGGAAGAAGGGCUCACAGAGUGCAGCUGCUCUCCGGCUGGAUGUGGAAGCCAUGGAAAAGGAAUUAUUUCAGGAGAGCUCAGCACGGCUUGAAGAACCCAUCAGGCAACAGACUGAAGCUGUGACUGGGGCUGGCCCAGACCCAGCUGCUCUGCAUGGGCUCAGCGUGGCUCCCAGCAGCACUGGGGCAUUGAUGAGGGCAGCCCAGGGGGAGGUGGAGCAGGAAGCAGCACGCCUGAGCCAGAAGCUGCCUUUCUGCAACCUGCCCAACUUGCUGGAUUCCAGGAUGCCCAACGCAGCCGUGGUGUCCCUGGGGACAGUGGCCACGCCAGCCCAUCGACUGGCUUUGAUGGGGGACGUGGAGGGCUUCCUGAGUAAAAUGAAAGAGGACAAUGCAGAGCCCAACAUUAAAACAUUCACCUUGCUGGCUGAGCUGGUGGAACCCCAAAGCCCUUCAGAGUCCUCUUUGCUGGCACUCCUAGAUGAGCACAGAGUCAAAGUAGAUGUGACCUUCUUUAACACUUUAAUAAGGAAGAAAAGUAAACAGGGAGACCUGGAAGGAGCAAAGGGGGUGCUGCCAGCUCUGGUGAAGAGGGGACUAUCACCCAACCUCCAGACCUUUUGUAACUUGGCCAUUGCUUGCCACCAAGAGAAGGAUGGACUGCAGUUACUCUCAGAUCUGAAGAGGUCUGGAGUGACUCCCAACAAAUACAUCUACAGCACCCUCAUUGCUGGUGCUGUGAGGCAGCUGGAUUACAGCUACCUCACCCAGAUCCUGCGGGACAUGAGGAGGAACCAGGUGGCUCCCAACGAAGUUAUCAUCCGCCAGCUGGAGUUUGCAGCACAGUACCCCCCCAAAUUCGACCGGUACAAGUCAAAGAACAGAUACCUGGAGAAAAUCGAUGGUUUCCGUGCCUACUACUCUCGCUGGCUAAAGGUCAUGGCAGGAGAGGAGACCCCUCACCCCUGGGCGAAGUACCGAACCAAACGGGCAGCAGAGGACACCAGGGAGGCAGCUGGGCAGGGGGAGCAGGCCACCACGGAGAGGCAGCUGGGGAGUGUCUAG